AGGAAAAUGUGGGCGGAGAUUUCCUGAAUCCUGAGCGUUCAACAAUAUUCCAAGGUAGUGGUGUUCACUCUCGGUCUAUAGGCAAGGCGGAAGAUAUAGCCCGAGGUAUUUCUUUGUUUCACAAUGCAUUCUUGGCACUGAUGGCCAAACAGAGCUCAACCCUUGCGGCGUUGCCGAGAGCGGAGGUCUGUGCCUACUGGGUGCUCUCUUUUGGCUCCCAUCUCUACUCAUUCUAUCAACUGCACAUAUUCUCCAAAGAGCAUGAAGCAGGAUUGGAGAGACAGUUCCAACUGGAGAAAGGCUUUCUAAUAUGGGGGCAUAAAAAGGACCCUACAGACUUUGAGUGGAGUUUCUGGAGUCACUGGGCUAGAAAGUCUUUGCUGUGGACUUUGUUGGGCCAUGCCGUGGUCUCCAGACUAGCCAGCUUCUUCAUUCCUAAGUUCAGAGUGACAGCUCUGUUGGCCUAUGGUCUCCUUGUGGCUUGCUGUGCAGUGGGGAUUAAAGGAUUGGGCGUGGUCCUUGGCCAUCUGGGCCUGUCAUUGGCUGUUGCCCAGCUGUGUAACCCUGCCCUGUCCUGGAGCUGUGCCCUGCUGCUACUUUCCACCCUCCACAUCCCCCAACUGCAGGAGAUACAGAGAAGCUGGUACCAGACAGAAGAGGAGUACUACCUCUUACUCUUCAGUGUGGCAGUGUGUGGCCUGCGCUUCAUCAGCUUCAGCCUGGAGCACUGCUGGCGCCCCCUGGAGGCUGGAGGACUGCAGCAGCAGGUCUAUUGGCUGACCGCUUACUCCUUCUACCAUCCUUUGUUCUUCAACGGACCCAUCCUCACCUUCAAGGACUUCCUCCAACAGAUGCAGGUACCUGUGAAGGAUCGUGGUGCUAGGAUUACGUUCCUCUCGCUGCUGGCCAACGCUGGCAGGAUCUGUGUGUGGUGGCUUAUAGCAGAGUACAUGAUACACCUGAUGUACAUGCACACUAUACAGGCCAACGAAACAUAUCUGGAGAUCCUGCCACCUUGGGCAUUGGGUGGGCUGGCCCUGGCAUUAGUCCAGUUCUUCUAUGUGAAGUACCUGGUUCUGUUUGGUGUUCCGUCUCUGCUAGCUGGACUGGAUGGGCUGGCCCCCCCGAAGCUACCACGCUGUGUCAGCAUUAUGCACAGUUUCACAGGAAUGUGGAGACACUUUGACGUCGGGCUGUAUCACUGGCUCAUCAGGUACAUUUACAUCCCAUUAGGAGGUUCUCACCACGGGCUGCUGUGGAAGAUGCUGUCCACGGCUCUGGCAUUUGGCUUUGUAUGUUUCUGGCAUGGAGGACAUGACUACCUACAGUACUGGGCUCUGAUGAACUGGGUCGGGGUGCUGGUGGAGAAUGGAGUGACCAUCCUCAUCUCUUCUCCCCUCUUCUAUCCAUCUAUUGAGCGCUGUAUCUCCCCAGCCAUGAGGCGGCGAUGUUUGGCUCUCAUCUCAGCCUUCUCCACAGCCAUGCUCAUUCUGUCCAACCUCAUCUUCCUUGGGGGAAACCAUGUUGGCAGGAUCAUGUGGAAGAGGGUCUUUAUACAAGGUUGGUGUACAGUGGCUCCACCCAUGUUAGCCUUCCUCUAUUGCUUUGCCCAGAUCGGACUGGAGUGGGAACACAACCCACCCUAAAUCACCAACCCCACAGAGACUGUUGGAAGGGAGGCAGAACUGACUCUUAAACACCAUCACACAGUGCUGACUCUGCUAUGUGGGGAGAACAACCCACCUUAAACCACCCCACAGUGGACUCGGGUAGCCUAGCAGUUAAGAGCGUUAGGCCAGUAACCAAAAGGUUGCUGGUUCGAAUCCUGAGCUGACUAAGUGAAAAAUCUCUGUGCCCUUGAGUAAGGCACUUCAACCCUAAUUGACCCUGUAAGUCGCUCUGGAUAAGAGCGUCUGCUAAAUGUUUUAAAUGUAAGUGGACUCUGCCAUGUGGGGAGAACAACCCACUGUAACCACCCCACAGUGCACUCAGCUAUGUGGGGAGAGCAAACCUGUCCUUUACUACCCACCCACAGUGGGGACUAUCAAUGAGACCUGCUGAGGAAAACACUGGACCCAUGUACGUAUGUGACUAUAAGAAAGUGACCUACAGUAUAAGAAACCUGUCCGCCAAACUACCUGUACCUAUGAGAACUGCUUCUUAAUAUUUGGGUGCAUAGAGUGAAACGCAUAUAUGGAAAAACAAUGGAUGCUGUUCAGUGGUAAUUUGUUGAUAACCUGACAGUGAGGCUUGCAGUAUCCAACCUUGGAUGUUUUGGAUCUGUUUAACCCCAAAAUCAGCAUUAUACAUCUCCUGGAAUGGAAUGGCUGAAAGCACCUCAGUAUAUUCCAUUGACUGCGCUAAUCCUGUAUCUGUCUCAUAGCACUAAAGGGAUCAGCAGAUCUGUGUCAGUUUAACUAACAUGUAGGGGGGAGAAAACCCUGCUAAUUAGACUAGCCUAACACUACUCUGAAAGGGAUUUAGGUCACAUCCAAAGAUUGCAUCCUAUUCCCUAGCUAGUGCACUACUUUUUACCAGGGGCAAUAGGGCUCUGGUCAAAUGUAGUGCACCAUAUAGGGAUCUAUUUGAGACAAGCUUAAAUGGGUCUUAUGACAUACCGAGAAUCAAAAAAUCCAGUCAAGAAGAGAAUACGAUCUGCAGCGUUAAAUCUUAAACAGUUUAUGAUAAGAAACCCGCCACACAAGCCUUUUCGUGACGGAUUAUAAGUAUAGCAAUAAUUUCAUCACACGUAAAGGUUGCUUCAAAGGGUGCCCCAUGUUAGUGUUAGUCAUGUAGGCUGUUCUUACUAAUAAUGUUCUUGUAUAGAGGCAGUUCGUCACCCAGUGAGCCGGCCCUAAUAUCUAGGUUGGCAGUGACUGACCUCGGAUCUACAUGGGCCAUUGUGUGUUCCUCCAUCACUGGAUCCCUCACUCCCUUUUCACUUUGUUUCUAUUUCUCUCUGUGUCCGACUGUCUCUUUCUCUCUGUGUGGAUAUCUGUAUCUUUCUCUAUCCAUCUCUGUCAGGGAUGAGGGCCCGGUGUCGUGUUAAUUGGAUGUUAAUGUGAUGUUUUUAUCCAUAGCGUUCAGUAAAUAUUCUGCUCCUUCAGGAGGCAGCCAGGCCAUGCAGGUGUUAUCCAGCUAGAUUCAACCCCUUGUCUGUCUCUUACCUAACACGAUUGGCUGGAAUGGAAUAAAUGGAACGGUAUCAAACAUAUGUAAACCACAUGUUUAACUCCGUUCCACUAAUUCCAUUCUGGCCAUUACAAUGAGCCUGUCCUCUAUAGCUCCUCCCACCAGCCUCCUCUGCUAUCACUGUACUAUAAGUGUGAGAUGAUGCAUGUGCAAGGGUUUGUUCUUCUACUGUUGAUGAUGAUAGGAGACUGUCCUGUAUCUUAUCAUUGUUAUAAUGGUGGCUUCACCUAUUGACAUGGAACUUUGUCUACUUACAUUUUUGCCCCUAUCAAAUAAAUAGUUAUUUCUUCAACAUCACA